CAUUAACAGAUAGGGAUUUUCUACACUGUUUGUUUUUAUACACAAUCAUCUCCUCACUUCAGUCUCAGAGCUCAUGAGCUUCAGAAUAUUUAAGAGGCGAGACUGGAUCAGAUCGGCCCAUAACACCAUCCUGGCAUUACCUGACUCGAGCUGCUGGUUUUCUGCCCAGUUUUUCUUCAGGUUCUGAGAGAGAGAGAGAGAGAGAGAGGGAGAGGGAGAGAGAGAGAUGCUCAUCAUGCUGGCUCACAGACGUAUCGGUUACGUGAUGUUGUUCCUCUGUGCUGUUUCUUUCUGGGCUGAAACUGCGAUGUGUGGCUCCAGCUUCCUCAGUCCAACCCAGAGACCACAGAGUCGCGGAGACCGAAAGCCUCCUCGAGUGGGACGGAGGACUGCAGUUGACCUCGAGCCUCCUCUUCAUCCCGAGGAUAAGAUCAUGGUGAGCGCACCAUUUCAGCUGGCCAUGUCUCUCAGUGAGACCGAAUAUGAGGAUUACGGUCCUGUGCUGCAGAAGAUGUUACUAGAUAUCCUGGGUGAUCCUCUCACUUCGGAUCAGACUAACCCCAUCUGAACAGGACUGAAGGAUCCUGACUUGUUUUUCAAAAUGCAUGUAACAGAUAUGUGAAAUAAAGAUGAACACAAAUAAAACGGCAAUACAGCAGUCUUGUGAGGGUGCAGU